AUGGCUAAAAGCAAAAAUCAUACCAAUCAUAACCAAAACAAAAAGGAUCAUCGUAAUGGAAUCAAACGACCACAAUCGCAACGAUUUCCAUCUUUAACUGGUGUUGAUCCAAAAUAUGUUCGUAAUUUAAAAUUUACCAAACAUCAUAACCGUGUUGCUCGUAAAAACUUACUUAAAGCCCGAAAGGCUAAAAUUGCCGGUGGCCAAAGUACAGCAGGUAAAGUCGUUAAACGAGUUGCUCGUGUAGUUGAACCAAAAAAAUCUUCAUGGUCACUUUCAUCAUUAUUAAACAAUGUUACUGCUUAUUUUACUGGCGAAACAACAAAAACUGAAGUUAAAAAACGUCAAAAACGUACACAUACAUCAAAGAAAUCAGCCAAAUUACAUGCAGCAGCAGCCGCAGCAGCAACAUCAACAACAGCCAAACCAGCAGCAGCCAAACCAGCACCAGCAAAACCAACAACAACAACCGCUGCUAAAAAAUAA